UCACGACCCACUGACUCUUGACCUAUGACACUGUCAGCCAACCUUAGUUCCUAACAGAUCACCUAAACAAGAAUGAUUCUUGGAAGGAACGACCAAAGAUGCAGUGAUACAAUGUUCCUAGAGUUCUUAGUCUGGUUUCUUCUCCUUGGACUGAGAUCUGUAGCUUCACAACAAGAAGAUGUUGAUUUCACCUACAAUGGAUUUCGAGGAGUUAACAUGAGCUUAGAUGGCUUAGCACAGAUCACAAACAAUGGUCUCCUGAUGUUAGUAAACACCACUAAUCAACAGGUGGGUCAUGCUUUCUAUCCUCAUCCUCUUCACUUCAGGAACUCAUCAACUGGUAAUGCCUUUUCCUUCUCUACUACUUUUGUAUUUGCCAUUUGGAAGUUAAUCAGAUUUGGUGGCCCUGGAAUGGCUUUCGUGAUUGCACCCUCAAGAAAAUUCCCAGGUGCUUUGCCAGGGAAUUAUCUUGGCCUCUUCAACAUGACCACCAUCGGCAAACCAUCAGAUCAUGUCAUCGCAAUCGAGAUCGAUACCCUCCGAAACAAGGAGUUCAAUGACAUUGAUGGAAGCCAUAUUGGUAUUGAUAUCAAUAACUUGAAAUCUGUUCAAUCUGCAACUGCUUCUUACUUUAGUAAUGAACAGAAUCGACGUGUGAACAUAAGCCUCAUCGAUGGACAGCCAUUGCAACUCUGGGUUGAAUAUAAUGGUGAUGAGAAGCAACUUAAUGUGACUUUAGCUCCUAUUAAUGUCCCUAAACCAACAAUCCCACUCUUGUCCUUGAAAAUUGAUCUUUCUCUGUUCAUUGUGGAUCCCAUGUUUGUGGGCUUCUCCUCAACUACAUAUGUCAUGCCAGUAUACCAUUUUGUUUUGGGAUGGAGUUUUAAAAUGAAUGGGGAAGCAAGACAGCUCAAUCUCUCUCAACUUCCUGAGCUUCCUCAUCUAAAAACCCAUAAAACAAGACCUAGGCUUUUUAUUAUUUUAGUUUCUGUGAUAGGUGCUAGUUUAGCACUUAUCUCUGUCUUCAUCAUCACCCAAUUUAUAGUGAAAAGGAAGAAAAAGUUUGCAGAAGUGCUUGAAGAUUGGGAACUCAAUUAUGGACCUCACAGAUUCAAAUAUAAAGAUCUCUACAUAGCCACCAAAGGGUUCAAGGACAAGGAGCUUCUUGGAACUGGUGGCUUUGGUAGUGUAUAUAGAGGUGUGUUGCCCACUUCCAAGACAGAAGUUGCAGUGAAGAGGGUCUCCCACAAUUCUAGACAAGGUGAGAGAGAAUUCAUUGCUGAGAUCAUUAGCAUCGGUAGAUUGAGGCAUCGGAACAUUGUACCACUCUUGGGCUAUUGCCGGCGUAAGGAAGAGCUCUUUUUAGUAUAUGAUUUCAUGCCCAAUGGGAGUCUCGACAAAAUCCUUUUCGAUCAUACGAAAACAGAGUCGAUGCUGAGUUGGUGUCAAAGAUUUAGAAUCAUCAAAAGUGUGGCAUCUGCAUUAUUGUAUUUGCAUGAAGAAUGGGAACGAGUUGUGGUUCAUAGAGAUGUGAAGUCCAGUAAUGUCUUAUUAGACAAGGAGCUGAAUGGAAGAUUAGGAGAUUUUGGGCUUGCAAGAUUAUAUGAUCAUGGAACUAAUCCUCAAACCACCCAUGUUGUGGGGACGAUUGGUUAUCUUGCACCAGAACUUUGUGGAACUGGACAAGCAAAUCCUAGUGUGGAUGUGUUUGCAUUUGGGGCUUUUUUGCUGGAAGUUGCUUGUGGUAGGAGACCCAUAGAGCCACGAGCAUCUGAAGAGUGUAUGGUGCUGGUGGAUUGGGUGAUCUUAUGUUGGAGUAAAGGCACCAUUCUUGAGACUGGGGAUCCAAAACUGGGUUUUGAUUAUGAUGUGCAGGAAAUGGAGCUUGUGUUAAAACUUGGAUUGCUUUGCUCUCACCCCAUUCCAACUGUAAGGCCACAAAUGCGACAAGUUAUGCGGUAUUUGGAGAGGGAGAUUUCUCUACCAGAGUUGACACCGCUUGGUCUAAGAACAGCCAUUGAUGACACUUCUUUUUGGCCUUCAAAAGGUUUUAGUGAUGUCUCUAUUUGGUGUCCUUAUCCUAGCAGCACAAAGACUCGGUCAUCUUCAGUUGUAGAAUCUAUAGUUUCUGGAGGUCGGUGACUUCAAAUCAAUGUAUUAUAUAGUUUGUAGCAAUCCAAGUAGCUUUAAAAUUUCUUCCAUUAGUACAUUCUCUUUGUUUUAUUCACAAGUGGUCCACAUUAAAAUCGUAACACUCUGAA